CACCGCCUCCCGCAGCCCUCGACAUGUCUCUCAAGCUCGUCCUCGUGUCCGCCCUCGUGGCCGUCGCCCUCGCCGACCACAGGCCCUACAGGCCGCCCACCCCCCAGCCCACCUACGGCACCCCUCAGCCCACUUACGGCACCCCACGGCCCUCCUACAGCCAGCCCCAGCAAACGGCACGCCCCCAGUACCAGUUUGAGUGGGCCGUCAACGACGCGCCCUCCGGCAACGACUACGGCCACCAGGAGUCCCGCGACGGCUACGACACCCAGGGCUCCUACUACGUGCAGCUGCCCGACGGCCGCCUCCAGCGCGUCGACUACACCGUCAACGGCGACUCCGGCUUCGUGGCGCAGGUCACCUACCAGGGCGAGGCUCAGUACCCCCAGCAGGGAUAUGGCUCCCCAAGACCCUCCUACGGCCCCCCCGCCCCCACCUACGGCACCCCCGCCCCCACCUACGGCCCCCCCACCCCCGCCUACGGGUAAUAACCCUGACGGUGGCAGCGCUGCGUCUUCCCAUCACUGUACAUACGAGACGGAAUCUUCCUGAGGCGGCGGGCGGUGCGGGCAGGGCGCCGUGACCCCCGGCAGGUGUUCGGGGGCCAGGCCGCCAUCGAGAAUCAUGUUGUGAGAGCAGCAGCAGCAGCAGUCGAGCUCGAUGACCUCCGCCGCCCACAGCCGCCGACAGCAUCCACUAACCAUUAUUUAUUGCAUUCAAAGCCACAAUAAUAACUUAUCAUCAACA